GCCAGUAGCUCUCCAUCUAGUCCGGUGCAGUGUUUGCAAAUACCUUAAACGCCAAGCGAGAGAAGAAGGAGGGGGACGGAAGGAGGUUGCUUGAAAACAAGCGCUGCUUCGUUUGCGUCGCAUGCGAGUUACAGCAAGGGACACUCUUCACUCCGUUUCCUCUCUGGCUUGAUUUUUUUCUUCCUCACAACACAUUUACAGAUCAAAUAGGGUUACUUUGACAGAAGAUCGGGAAAAUGGAUGUUCUACCCAUGUGCAGUAUCUUUCAAGAACUUCAAAUAGUUCACGACACAGGCUAUUUCUCCGCCUUACCGUCACUGGAGGAGUACUGGCAGCAGACAUGCUUGGAGCUGGAGCGCUAUCUACAGAGCGAGCCUUACGUCUCCACUCCUGAUCUGAAGUUUGACGGCCAGGAGGACCUCUGGAGCAAGUUGAUCUUGGCCUGUGGGGAUAAGGCUAAAGUCGAGUCUGACCCCAAACUUCCCCCGGGCCCCCAAGAGGAGGACAAUCACGAUAGCCAAAUUUUUGACACCAACAGUGUGAAUUCGGAUGCCAGCAGUGAAGCGUCAGACAGUUCUGAGGAGCUCUCGCCCAUGCACAGCUUUAUCUCCAACCCUCUCGGCUCUGCCCUGGUCGGCUCUGGACCUUUUAGCCCGUCUGUGAUCAGCACUCCACCGUCCUCGCCAGAGGCCAACUCUGAGCCCAGCGGUGUGGUGAGCGGAUGGGUCGGCUUACACGGCGACUUGCACUUGCCGGCUAAAAUCCGGAGCAACGGUGUGGCCAAGAGUUCGGAAAAGACGGGACUCACCUGCGGGGAUGUUUCACCGGACGGCAGGAGGAGGAUACACAGGUGUCAGUUCAACGGGUGUCGCAAGGUUUACACAAAGAGCUCCCAUCUAAAAGCACACCAGCGCACUCAUACAGGUGAGAAGCCGUACAGGUGUUCAUGGGAGGGCUGCGAGUGGCGUUUUGCACGGAGUGACGAGUUGACCAGACAUUUCAGGAAGCACACUGGGGCAAAGCCAUUUAAAUGCAGUCACUGUGACAGAUGUUUCUCCAGGUCUGACCAUCUGGCUCUUCACAUGAAGAGGCACAUCUGAAGCCGGGGUGAGCACCAAACCAAGCAACACAGCGGAGGGCAAAAGUUUUUUUUUUUUUUAAAGGGGAAAAAAAAACACAGUCUCCCUACCAGUCUCUUGGUUGAACUUAUCCCGAGUGGUGGGAGUGUGUUCCAGCCAAAGCAUGCUGUUUUGCACCAUACUGAAAACCCAGUGCCUCCGGGACCUCACUUGAGAGGAGGGAUGCCCUGAAGGUUGCAACAAGUGGACAAAAUCAUCAAUGUUAGGGAGCAAGAUGCAGAGAGCGAUUUUUGAUUAAAACGGUCAGGAAAAAAAAGAAGAAAAAAAUGACAAAAGAAUGAAUGAUUUUGUUUGUAUGGUGCAUGAUGUUUCGGGGAAAUUUCCCCUAUCGGACAGCUGAUACACUGGUACUUUGCAAAAACUGUCUGAAGUGAGCACGAAUGUACUGUGAAUGACUGGCAUCGGCUGCCUGCCCUCUUCCGGGAAGAAAUGAGGAUUCUGGGAGGGAAGAAGAGAGGAUGGAUGGCUAGUUGGAUGGUCUGAAGGGGCUGGCACCGACGUUGCUGUGGACUGAGUGGGGUUUCUGGGGGAAACAUUCCAGUUAUGUUUCCCCAGUGGCAGUCUGUCUGGCACCUAGACUUGGGGGUGAGAAGUUUUUCUAUCACAGAAAAACAAGUCACCUUUCUGCAUAGACCAGGACCGAAGCUCACCCCCAUGGUCGCUGUAUGAGAUGAGUUUUGUUUUUGUUUUGGUGUUUUUUGGUGCAGCUACUAAAUGUGCAAUGUGUUAUGUAGCCUGAUUUCUUAUUUUUUUACAAGCUACAAAGCUUCAUUUGUAGUCUAAUUGUAUAAGCUGUGUGCUUAGAGGUAUAACACAACUAUAUCUUCAGUAUCAUAGACAGGUGUUGCAUGGUUCUAGGGUUUUUUUUCUUCCAUUUCCCAUUUCCACUAUAAUCAGGACUGCAAAUAGUUUCAAUUAGGGUGCAGCUAAAAUGCAAAUGGUUAAAAAAUGUUACAAUAUUGUACAUAAAGCCUUGAUGAUUCCCUCUUUUUUAUUUAACCAAAUCCUUCUCAUUCCUGUGUUCAUUUCACCAAUGCUUGCUUGUUCUAUUCAUUCAUCUUCUGCCUUGGGGUAACAAUUUUGGAAUUUUUUUGUACUUUCUUUCUAUCUAAUAAUGCACUGUUGACCUGAAUGGUGCCUUAUGCAAGUGACUGCCCCGAGGCAGUGGUUGAGCACUUCCCUCGGGAGGUCGUAUUUGUUUAUAUGGGUGAUUUGACAAGCUUGAUCAAGGCUCAAUUACAAAUGUCUUCACUUUGUGUUUGGUGACAGCGAUCUCUUGUUUCUUAACUCUGGUCAUGAAAGUACUUGUUUUGUUUUUGAGUCAUAGCACAGAUUUAGCUACAAUUCUGUAAAUACGUAAAAUGCUGUAUGUUUAGAGCACUUAUUUUUUUUUUUUUUGUUAUUAAAGAUGUCAACUACUGUGUAGUAUGUACUGAUGUCCAUCAAACACAGCUCAAAAGGUACAAAAAGACCCCACCAUCAUUUUUAAGUUGAUCCUUUUCUCACUAGCCCCCCUUCUUUUUGUCCCUUUUAUGCCUGCAAGUGGGACUGAAGAAACGGCUAAAGAUUUAUUGUAAUUAACAGGCUGCAGUUGGACAGGCCUCGCCUUGUAGUGCCUCACAGUAAUGAAUUGCUAAAGGCUUUGUUGGCAUGGAAUCUGUCACAGACUGCUGACUGUGGAGGUUGGAUAUUGACCUGUCUGGGAGCGUUGUUUUAGCGAGGCAGCAACAGUAUUAUGAAAAUCAAAAGCGUGAUCAGGCCCUAAAAGGAGAAAGGGGGUGGGGAUAAAGAUCAACCAUUGACAGCGCUUGUCAAAGUUAAAUCAGAAGACCGAGACAAAACGCUAACUGCCUGAGUAUUAUCCGCAUCUCGAGUUGCAAUAGAUACUUGUCUAAAGGCAGAGGCCGCAAUUCACGCAGGAUUAAACGAUCUAUGCCACCUUGCCAAAAGGAAUCGGAUGUCGUGCUGCAAUAUAUAGAUUUCAGACGGGCGGGUGCACAAGGACGUGUACAAACUUGAAAAUACGAUAGAUUAGAGAUAGCUGGCAGCCGAUACAGUUCAAAUCGUAAUUGAGCCUUGAAACAGCUCUGUUUGCUGACAUCAUUUUCACUCGACGUCGUCUUUCAUGCCACUAUUCCAGCUCUUCUGUCUCACACAAACACACAGCUUUGUUCUCAACUGAAUCUUUGUAUAAAAAGGAAAAAAAAACUUUUGUAAAAUUGUUAUGUUUAUGCUUUAUGAAAUUUUUAUUUGGAAUUGUUUUGCAAAAUUGUUAUAUUUCUGUAUGAAUGUAUUUUUUAUUGGAAUAAUAAGAAAUUCUUAUCUGA